CUCUCCAGCACGUGGCGUGGACUUCUGCCAUCCAUUGAAGAUAGUCCUCUUGCUGUCUGUGACUACCGGUCGAUAGCAGACGGAGACCUCAUUGCUGCCGACAAGGUCACGCCGAGCCGGGUGGGCGAAGUCUAUUACCUGAAGCACAACGACGAUCAAGCCUGGUAUUGGUGUGAGGGGAUGAGCCCUGAAGACAUGUGGACUUUUGUCGUCUACGAUUCUGCUGGCAAAGCUUGUUGCCCACAUACCGCCUUUCUCGAUCCAAGGGCAGAAACAUCGGCGCCCCCACGUCGCAGCAUUGAAACCCGAUCAAUUGUGAUAACCAAGGAUGAUGAACGAUGU